GAGAGAGAGAGAGAGAGAGAGUUAAAGGGCAAGCCCACGGGUCGCAGGAACUUCUCCAAACAUGAGGAGAUGAUGGCUGGUACUUCUACUCGUCCUCGCACAUUCAAGCAAGAGGAAGCUGACUAUGAGGAAAAGGAGGAAUCUGAGCAUGAAUCUGAGAUUUCCUGGCUGAUGAGAUCAUCUGAUUUCAUGGCUGAUGAGAUUUCCACAAAGAAACCACAUUGCUUGUUUUCUCAAUCUCUUGUUCUUCUUAUCUUCUUGCUUGCUUUGGCUUCAUCUUGUCAAGGCUUGCUGCAAGCAGACAGCAGUUCAGCUGCUGUGAAGCAAAAUGUGACCAGAGUCUCAGCAGUGUUUGCUUUUGGAGACUCAACUCUGGACUCAGGAAACAACAACUACUUAGUCACACCUUACAAGAGUGAUUUCUUGCCUUAUGGUAAGGAUUUCUUUGGCCAUAAACCCACUGGCAGGUUCACCAAUGGAAGACUCCUCACUGACUUUGCAGCUUCAUAUGUUGGUCUCAAAGAGGAGGUGCCUGCUUACUUAGACCCUUCACUAAGUCUUGAUGAUCUGAUUACUGGUGUCUGCUUUGCAUCUGCUGGCUCUGGAUUUGACCCUUUAACAGCAGAAAUCAAUCAAGUAAUUCCAAUGGGUGAACAAAUAGAUUAUUUCAGAGUU